AUGGCUUACCUUAUUGAAGAAGUCCUAGGCCUAUAUGCUCGAGUCUACAAGUGGAACCAAAAGUACGACAACAUCGAUGUUUACCCUCCUGUUUCAAGAUCACAAGGCCACUUCAAUUUACGAGUCAAGAGCGAGAUCAAACGAGUCUCUCAAACCAAAGAAGGUUAUAUUACCAAUGCCAAACACGACACGUCUAUAGAACAAAAAGACACCAUCAAAUUCGACUACAAAACCUUACGCGACAAAGACUCCAUGGAAUGUUGGCUUCGUCUCGCAAUUCCAACAACAAAACUCUUCCCCUUGGAAAUUAUUCCAAAGCUAGCCCGAGACAUAUCUAACUACCUCUUCAGUUGCUUUCGAUUCAACAACAUUAACAACCAAACCUCCUCGAAGAAACCCGUGAUCGUCAUCAAUGUACAUGUUUCCAUGUUGAGAAUCGCCUGCAUUCAUUCCAUGCUUUCGGUGCCUACCCAUUCAUCAAACAAAGAAGAUGAAACUGAUGGUGGUGUUGUUAUUAACAACCAAAAAUGUGCAUAUGUUAAUGGGAAUUCGAAUGAGAUAGAGUUUCGUGUGUGUAAAACAGAUGACGAAGAGAUUGUUGUUGGUACGUUAAAUCUAGUUCAGGCUGCGGUGAAGGUGAAGAGAUUUGAUGGCGAUGAAUCGGUAGAUGAUAAUGAUAAGUGUUCGAUUUGUUUGGAGAGGUUUAAGAGAGAUUUUAUAAUUGCUAUGACUCCUUGCUCGCAUGUGUUCCACAGAGACUGUGUGUUCCAGUGGCUGCCAAACACCGGUCAAUGCCCCAUGUGUAGAUCAUCUUGUACUACCGAGAUAUAG